AUGGCGGAAGGCGAGAGCGAAGCGAAAGACAAAAUUCAAUUUAAUAAAAAGAAAAGGAUUAAAAAUAGGAGGAAAUCGUUGCCGACGAGUGACGAUGACGCAGGAGAAAAUGAAGAUGAUGAUGAUGAUGAUGAUGAUGUUCGCACGAAAUUGGAAGAAAUGAAAAUGUUGCAAAAAUUAAGAGCGAGACCGAACGGUGUCAACAUCGUGGGUUUGGCAUUGGGUAGGAAAAUCGGCGAAGAAGAGGAAGAGGAUAUAGAUGUGAAAGAUCCGUUCAAAACGAAAUCCGGAGGAAUGAUUAAUAUGAAAACGCUCAAAAGUGGUAAAAUAAAAAAAAUGGACGAUGCUUACGACACGGGUAUAGGAACACAAUUUUCAGCUGAAACGAAUAAGAGAGACGAGGAUGAAGAAAUGAUGAAAUUCAUAGAAGAUCAAUUAUCGAAGAAAAAAGGUUUGAUGAAAGAAAAGAAAAGUGGGAAAAGCGAUGAUCAGGAUGAGUCGUCAAAAUCAAAAUAUUGUUCGCCUGAAGAAGCUGCUUUGCAAGCCAUACCGGAUCAUUUGAGAUCAUCAUCGAUGCAAAGAUCGGAAGAAAUGUUGUCGCAUCAAAUGUUGAGCGGAAUCCCCGAAGUUGAUUUGGGAAUCGAUGCCAAAAUUAGAAACAUUGAAGCGACAGAAGAGGCUAAAUUAAAAUUAUUAUGGAGCGAACAUAAUAAAAAAGAAGGACCAUCUCAAUUUGUGCCCAGCAACAUAACCGUUAACUUCAUGCAACAAAACAAAAUGAACCAGGACGAUUUGGAACCUCUUAGAAAAAGACAGAAAAAUUACAAGAGGCCUACUGUGCAAAUAUUGGACGAUGCUAAAAUUGCAAUCAAGAGGAAGGAAGGAGAAAAAGCAACGGAUGAUUAUCAUUACGAAAGAUUUAAGAAACAAUUCAGGCGAUACUAA